AUGGCUACAACCCAUGGGACCGUCACUCACCUUCCAGCAGGACCGAUUGCUGCUUCAGCAUCUACAGCAGAGGAUGAGAUGCAUGAAUACGAAAGAAUCUUGAGGAUCAGUGAUGAGAUCUUUGCGGGGUCACAUCCACGCCUCAAGGUCCCCCAGCAGUUUGUCCGCAAAUCGGGGGCGCGGAAUGGCAAAAAUGCCCCCUCGUCCCAGGCCCCGGCCAUAGGCAAGUCUGUGGAAUUCGUGUCGGAGAAGGCACCCAUGCUUGAGACAGCGACCCAGCCUCCCAAAAGCUCACAGGCAGUUCCGUCUGGCUAUACCCUCUCAGCUGCCCCGGCGAAUGCGACUCCUUCGCCCACUCACACAAUGACCAAACCUGCCUCGGAGAUCGACCCUAUCUUUUUGACCAAAUCGGAUGAUCUAGUCAGGGCGGAACUACAAUUGCAGCGACAAAGGAUCGAGCGAUCACUGCGCGAUCAACUGGAGCAAAAGAAGCAAGACUCGAAGCACAAACCUGCGAUCCAGGACACAAAACCAGACUUUAAUGUCUCGGAAGUGUUGGGUAAAGCGCUCGAAAUGGUGAAGCCUGUCUCGCUGAGCGAUCCGUCUGAGGGGAAUGGGCCGGGUGCUCCCAGUGACUCCUUUGACGACAAUUCCUUUUACUCCAGUAGAGCUCCUGACUCCCCUCCACAAAUGGGUGACCAUCGAAAACCAUCUCCGGUGACUACGGCAAAACCGGCGGGUCCCGCUAAGCGUUUCCCGGUAGAUCAAUUCACAGAUGAGUUGCAGCGACUUGAAGCUCUUAAUCAGCCUGGAUCUGAUCAGGAAAUGCAAGAUGCUUACCCUGUUGACCAGCGUUACCCUUACUCUCAGAAGCCACCCCGCCAUGAUCAGGUCGAGGUCGCCGACGGUCGAUUCCGUGAGUCGCAACAGGUGGAUACGCUAGAGGAGCCCGAGUAUUCUCCACCCGCCCCGGCGGUGCCGCCCCCGAUGGAUGAGAGACACUAUCACCGCGUGGCAGAGGACGGCAACGGAAGAAGACCUGAACCAGGUGGCGGAUAUAUCGACCAAACUGGCUAUAUGCGUCGGCCACCGUCCCCUGCUGGCAACGUGAGAGUGGUUCAGAACCACAUCACCUCACCAGCCGCACCACAGCCGUCGCGGGUCUCACCGCUGGCUACUGCAAAGGCUCCAUCUAUGCAACCACUUCGGGAUGAGCGGACUGAACAUUUGCCAUACCAAGUGUACACUGACCCAGAAUCUGGUCGUGGUACUCCUGCUGGACCGCCUCCGAAUGUCACCUCUCGAAAGCGGAGAAGACUCUAUGACAAAGGGGAGGAGGCUCGCCAAGUCUCGUACAGAAGACAGGAUGUUGAUUUUGCCGACUCCUACAUUAAGGAGGAACCUGUCUCGCCGCCACCCUUUUCUGAUGAUCCUGCCGUAAUCCAGAGCCGACACCGUCAGGAACGACCAGUGUAUGUGGACAUUUCAUCUUCACGCUACACGCCAGUGAUGGAAAGGCACGAGCUCCCGGCUCGAGAGCCGGUCUACGAAGUUGAUCCGUAUCACGAAAUGCCACUUGACCCAGGACCACCUCGGACGAUUUCACGGCUCAGUACGAGACGACCUGCUCGCGACGACGCUGAUCUGCGACGGGUGGCCAGUGUGCAGUAUGCUCGGCACGCGGAAUAUCCUCGCGAGUACAUCGAAACUGGCCCUCGCGUGGCCCGGGCACCAUCAUACGCAAUUGUCGAGCCACAUGAACGAUCAAGGUACUACCAAGAAACACCUUUCUCAUACACGCAUCGCUACGUUGCUGUCGACGAUCUGGGACGUCCUAUAUACCGGGAGCCGUACUAUGAGGAAGCACCUCCCCCACGGAUCAUGGCCCCUCAGCGCCGGGUUGUGGUGGACGAGCAUGGAAACCAGUACUACGAGUUGCCCCCGGCACCCAGACUACAGCCCAUGGCACCCCCUCCCCGUCCUGUAUCUCGAUUAUCGAAAGCCGAAGCGUACGAAGAUCGACCGGCUCUCCGCACUGCCAGUGUACGUGCUCCGUCUGUGGUUCAAGACCCUUACAGUGAGCGACGCUACGUCCAAGACAUGCCACCGCCACAACCAGUUUAUAGACGAGUUGUCUCGGACUACGCUCGCCCUCCACCUAGCGACCGACGAACCUACGCUGCGCCGCCAGAUGGCUCCGAACCCUACUCACGCAGCAGCAGCGUUCAGGUCGCCGACUACCCUCCUCGCCGUGCACCAUACGUAGAGGAGCAUCCAGUGCCACAGGAGAGAGUCGUCCGCACCGCAAGUAUCCGACCACCGACUCGAUACAAUGAGCCGCAUGACUUGGUGCAGCGCGUUGGAAGCGUGAGGCCUGCUGGUCCUAAUCGCGAGCUCAGCGUGUUCUUAGAGGACAGGUUGACAGGUGACUAUAUCGAACGUCCGUACUAUGUCCGGGAACGGCAUUACUACGACGGCGAAGAUGGAGGUCAAAUGGGAUUGGACGGCGCUGGAGAUUCGGUUCAGCGAGUUCCGCACCGCUAUUGA